GGCUUUGUUGGGCAUCCGAACCCGGUCCGGACCCGGUCCGAUCGAUCACUUUUAAUAGACAAUUGCUUACCUUGUCCCUUGUGCUCACUCUCGAGCAGUUUGCAGGUCUUCCGAUAUGGAACCCAAACUCGAAUCAGGACGACUGGAUAGUGCUACACUAGCAAAGUGCACUUAUCGCUCAGUAGCAUUCCUAACUGCAUUGUAUGAAAAUAGUAAGUAUGCGGACAUUUGUGAUGAGAUUUGUUCAAGGUUUAAGGUACUGGACAUAGGGAGCUUUGAGCUGACAUAUGCUAUCCCUGAUCACCCUAAUUGUUUGCUGCAAUCGGAUAUGGAUGUGCGCAUGAUGUUGAUGUGUCUAGAAAUGUUGAAUAUUAGGAUUGUUGAUAUAUUAGUGAAGGAUCGUGUGAAUUCCAAUAUUGAAGGCGCUGGCCAAAAUCAUGUAGAGUCUGCAGGUUCUAAUAAUGUGCCUAUUCAUACAACACCUAUGUCACGCACAGUAGAAACUCACAGUGCCACUGGUGAGAAUGAACACUUGGGGAAUUCAACAUCACAUGAAGAUAAUGCAUAUUUGUCUCAAGGUUGGCGGGAAUAUAUUAGUCAUGCUGGUCAGAAGUUUGAGGGGGGAGCAACUGAAUUCCGUAACAAGUUACGUAUGUAUGCCAUUGAGAUGGGAUUUCGUUUUGUUUACACAAGGAACGAUAAGUUCCGCGUUAUUGCUGAAUGUUUUAAGAAGUCAGAGGGAUGUAAUUGGCAUAUAUUUGGUGCCUCAUGUCAAGCAAAUGGCUAUUUUUACAUAAGGAGUUUGAAUAAUGUUCAUACAUGCACGAGCUGUACACGUGGGCCGAAAAGUAAGAUGAUGAGUUCAAAGAUCAUAUCUUCUGUUAUUGUGGAUCAAAUCCGUGAAAAACCAACAAUUAAACCAGCAGAUAUUGUCAAGGAUUUUAAGCAACAAUAUGGUCUUGAUAUCUCUUAUCGUAUUGCGUGGGCUGGGACAAAACUGGCUAAGAGCAAAGUUCAUGGUGAUGAAUCCUUGUCUUAUCAUCAGUUGGUUUGGUAUAGAGACGCUUUAAUGUCUACCAAUCCUGGAUCACAUUGUGUGUUGGAGUCUGAUCCAGGGACUUCUCGUUUUCAGAGAUUGUUUGUUUGCUACGGUGCUUGCAUUGAGGGAUUUCAGUGGUGCAGACCCCUGUUGUUCAUAGAUGCUAUUUUUCUGAAAAGUAAGUAUAAAGGACAGCUAAUAGGUGCAACUGGGAAGGAUGGAAAUCAAGGAUAUUUUCCUUUUGCGUUUGCGAUCAUGGACUCGGAAAGCGAUGAAAACUGGAGCUGGUUCUUUGAUAAUUUAGCAAAAGUUUUGACUCCGGAAGGCAGGACAAUUACAUUUGUAUCUGAUCGUAACAAAGGUUUGAUUGAAGGUAUUUCAAACAUAUUUCCUACAUCUCAUCAUGCAUUUUGUUUGGACGGUUUGAAGAAGAAUCUUUUUUCAAUAUUUCCUGCUACGUAUGCGAAAUUUUUCCAAGAACGAAUUGUUGAUCUUUUUAUGCGAUGUGCCUACGCUCCAACUGAAGCUGCCUUCGAGUUUAAUUUGAAAAAUUUAAAAGAUGAGGGUGGUGCUCCUAUUAAGACUUUUCUUGAAAAUCUUCCCAAGGAGAAUUGGUCUUAUGCUUAUUUCAAGGGAAAUGGAUAUGGUGAGAUAUGUAACAAUGUUUCUGAAUCAUUUACUUCUUGGGUCUCUGAGCUAUGGAUGCUUCCUAUCUGCCAAAUGGUUGAUGGUCUUGGGAUUAAGCUCAUGGAUAUAAUAGCUGAAAGGAAUCGUGAAGCAGGGCAAUGGAGUUCUGUUUUGUGUCCCGAGAUGGAGAGAACCUUGAACAAAACCUUGAUUGUGGGUAAGGAUUGGAAUGUUACUUGUUCUAGUGCUUCUGUUUUUGUGGUUCAUGCGGAGGGUACUAUUACUGUUGAUUUGAGUAAUCAUUUUUGCUCUUGUCAUGACUGGCAAAGAAAAGGCUUUCCCUGUGCUCAUGCACUUGUUUCUGGUCAAAAGAAUUCUGGCAGCAUUUAUGAUUAUGUUAGCAAUUUCUUCAAGUCAAGCUACUUUAGAAGUUCAUAUGCAACUCUUAUUUCUCCCAUACCCGACAUGGAGAAUGCAAUGCAUGAAGGUUCAGACGACAGAGUUAUCUUGCCUCCUCUUUCAAGGAAGUCUCCAGGUCCGAUGGCUAAAAAGCUUCAAUCUGUUGAGAAACUACCCAGGGCCAUAAAAUGUGGUCGAUGUGGUGCAGUUGGACGACAUAACAAGAAGACGUGUACUGCGAAUAUUUGAUUUAGGUUCUUAGCAGUUUUGUUUUAGUGUAGAAGAGUCACGAUACUGUUUGAACAUCUUGUUAAUAGGUAUUACUGAAUACUCAUAUUGAAGAAACUGUCUGAC